AUGACGAACGAGGAGAGCGAGGACAACGGGCCCCGACCGCUUGGUUUCGGGUCUGCGUCGCCUGUGCGGGGAUACAUGCAGCGGCAGACGAGCGCGCCAGGCCACAGCACUCACGCGCAGAUUGCAGCAGAGACGGGUUUGGUCCCCCGCCUCUGCUCUCGCCCGCCUCAGGAGAAGGCGAGAGAGCAUCUUGCCUCUGUGCGCGGCCUGCGAGGAGCUGAGAAGAACCGGCCAGACACUGCACGUUUCCGGCUGAGAGUGAAGCUCCUGGACGCCGAGCAAAGCCAGCCAGUCGGCGCGGCGCGACAGGAGCUCGUUGCGGAGGCGCCUCAUGCCCUCUGCCGUUCAGGCCGCGAUUCCUCUACAGGGGCGGCCGAGGGAAACCAGCACGGAUCCCGACACGAUGGCGCGCAAGAAGCAGGAGCGAUUGCUCCCUCCGCGAACGCUCCGUCGUUGGUGCCUCGCUAUCGGAGUCAAACCAGACAUCCCACAUUUCGUGUAGUAUGGGAUCAUAGCGAUGGUGAUGGUGAUGAGCCGGUUGCAGCCACCUCUCCGGAGCCUAGCGACUGUGAAGAAGCGGGACGACGCCACAGCUCGCUGCCUUCCUCCGCCUCGCCGGCGGACUGUCCCUCCUCUCCAUGGUCCACUUGCUCCUGGACUUCCUCCAAUUCGUCUUUCUCGUGCCUCUCGCCUUCCUCCCCGGCCUUCUCCUCGACGGCCUCUGGAGCCGGCAAGUCGAGAAGUCGGGGCUCUCCCGGACGCGGGGAAGGCGGAGUGACGCUGACGAGACUGAGGCGCCAGGGGAGGCACCACGUCGACGGUCAGGAUCGAUCGGGGGAGUCGCAGAAGACUCCGGGCGUGGCGAGCCUCCUCCAGAUGCAAAGGGAUCGCUCGUGGCUCAAAGACCAGAUGCUUCCCGAGAGCUCCAGGCCAAGGCGACGCGGAACCCGGCGGUGCCCACGCCGAGGCAGACUCCGCUCGUCUAUGCGGUCGCAGGACGACAUCCCGGUGACCCAGGUGCACGCCGAAAACAAGGCGACGGAGAUCACCCCAUCUGAACGCGCGAGAAAGGGAACAGCGGGAACGCGCAGCAGCGAAGGAGGAAGCGAAGAGGCUGCCGGAGAGGCAAUUUCUGGCGCAGAUCGAGGACGCAGCACCACAGACAUCUCCGCGAGUCUAAAGGCGAUUCCUGUCGGGCGGGUAGCCGCUCUGAAGCAAAGGCUGGAGCGGCGCAUGGAGAGAAUAAGGCAGCGAACUGCGGCUAUGAAGGCGCUCUCGGCGCAGCAACGCUCAGCGCAAGAACAGGGCUCGGAGGAGCCGGCAAAGCCUUUGCCCGCCAUCAUUGUGCGAUACGACAGCAUAGACGAGUGCGCGUCUUGUUCAAAAGACGAUUUACCAGGCGAAGUCCCUUCGCCAGACUGCGGCGAAGGCCUGCUGCCAGGCGCCCUCAAGGCCGCGCCUGGCGCCCCGCACUCGCCUCCGGGACAGGACGGCUGCGUCACAUUCCGGAGGAGUCGUGCGAACCUCGAACCCGUGAAUGCGUCAGGUCAGAGGAAUGGCGCCUCGUGUGCUGCGCCCAACACUCCGAGUCCCCAAGCGGCCCGUCCGCCGCGCAGAGCUGCAGCGAGCAACGCAAGCAGGGACGAGGGCGUUUCACCGGAAGUGCUCGAUGCAUGCGCGAGUCGAGAAACUGGAAGCGGGGGGGUGGUCCAGGGGGCCGCUUCUAAAACUGAGACACAAACAGGAUCUUCGUCUGCGGCUGACAACGCGACAUGCAGAGAACGAGACGUGACGAAGGAGUCCGACGACAAGGAUGUCGCCCGACCUGCCGUGGCAAGCCCCUGCGCCUCAGCAUCAGCACCAGCUCCCGACCACGAGGAAGCGUCGCCACCAUGUCCAUCUGUCUGCCCUGCGCCAGCUGCGCCGUCGGCUCCACUUCCGACCUCGACGUCGCCUUUCUCUUGCGUUGCCCUGUCUGAAGACGUGGCCUCGAUCGAACCGGCGUCGCGGCAUUCGGGAGGCGAGGCAUUCUGUUCUCAGCAGGCCUUGAGAGCUCAGGACGAGGGCGCCAUGCGCCAAGCCCGUCCACGCUCGCUUGCUCCUGAAUCUGUUGGAGUUAUGUCGUCUGCUGUAGAGCCUUCUGGAGAGUGGCUCUCUUUUUCCGCUUGCCUAAAGUCCCCACUCCCGGCGCCCGUCUGCUCCAGUCAACGCGUGCUCUCCGGCGCCUCCGCAGCCGAAAUCCACAUCGCAGGAUCUAGCUCUGGCACAAGGUCGCUCCCCGUGUCUCUCUCUUGUCUUCCGCACGCCCUCUCUUCAGAAGUCUCCUGCUCUCCCCUCCCAUCGAAUGCGACUCCGUCCGUCGCCAGACGAGAAAACGCGGCGCCAUCUACGAGGCUGGCCUCCUCACCAGAAGGCGUGGCUGCUCCUGCCGCCUUGGCGCGUGAGGCAGAUCCUCUGGAAAGCCACGUUGAAGCUGAAACACUCAAAGGCCCUGAUGGGCGCCACGCUCGAUCUUCGCUGCUGCUGGUCCUGUCGCCGACUUCGCAGCAGGUGGAUGAUUCGACUCAGAAAGCUGGCUGUCAGUCCGCUUUGCAUUCGUCCGGCUCCAGAGCGCUCCCGCGGGUGCAGACGUGCCCGACGAUUCCGCGUCUCGAGCAGGACCGCGCCGGCGGCCGCGGGGCUUGUCGCUGCAUGCAGACGACGUCCGCGCUGAGUUGGGACGAAGUGCCAGAAAGCAGUCGAGGGCGAAGUGCGCUUCAUCGACGCGGCGCAGAGGAGGCGGAAUCGCCGAAGGAGAACGUCUCAGAAUGCCUGGCACCUGGAGCAGAGGCUGCCCUUCAGAAGAUCAGCGAAGAUGAAUCAACCGUGGAAGGGUCUAGUAGUCAAUCGGGUGCGCCGGCUGCGGAAGCACCGGGCGAAGAAGGGCUCGUGGAGGGGAAUCAGGAGUCCACGCAGAGUGGCAACCAAGAGGACACAAGCGAGAAGCCGGGACGGAUCAGGCCGGAGGAUGCGGGAGACACAGAGGCAAUCGAGCAGCGAGGAGGGCAGGACCGCGAUGCAGAGACGGCAGAAGAAGAAGCUGACAGACUUGUUGGAGAGGAUCAAGCCGUUACCGCGACGAGCCAGCGUGAGACGCAGGAGGCACAGGAGAGAGGAAUCGGGAGCAAUGAGACACCGAGUGAGCGACACAAACCGCACUCUCCAUCGUCAGACUCCGUCUCAAGCGAGCCACAGGGAGAUUCUUCUCUGGAAGAGGGUGAGCCGCCCGUCUCCGCGUCUGCGUGUGACCCCCACCAGAAUGAGGGAGGCCGCGAUCAUUCAGCAGAUCACCUGGACGGCGAGCCAAGGAUACCCGAAAGAGGAGACUUGCCUGACACACCCUUCGAGGACGGGGGAGGGGCUCAAACGGAGCAACAGACAGAAUUGAAAAGCGACCGGAAACACCGUGAAGGCGCAUCUGCCGAAGACGUCUCCGCGGAAGCAGCGACUAAAGAUCGCAGACGACACCCGGAGGAAAGACGCGAACCCCAGUGCCAGCUUGAGCCAUUGAGCAGCCAUCGAGCGUCCCGAUCUGACGAGGCUGCGGUUGGGGACUUCCUCGUUGAGCCUGCUGAUUUUUCUCCGAAGACACUGCCGGUCUCUCUGCCGCCGGCUGCGUCUGCUGCAUGGGACAAGGAGGUGGAGAAGCCCGCGCAGGCGGAAACCGCCCGACAAUCAGCGUGUAUGCUGCCGUCGCACACGCAUGGAGAGGCAGCAUUUCCUAAUAAGAGCCAGGCGCCCGGAGAGCUCUCGAAUGCAAAAGACAAGCAGUCGCCCGCUCUGGCGCCGCCGUGGACUGUAAGACGUGCCGGACUCGUGCUCCCAGUCGACUUGAAGCCGGUGGAGCGCGGUCGCGAGCACGCGAGUCCUCCGCGAGGAUCCGCGUCUUCGGUUGACCUCCUCAACGGCGUCGCCAAAGAGGAACCGCGCGCGCAAGAAAAGGAUGCGGCUGCGCCAGAGACGCACGCGCCGACCUGCAGCGGCGAAGGCGGAAGGGGGGAAGAGGAGGGCGAGGACGGACGCGGUGCGCCUGCGCCUCGUGGGCUGGCCAGUGAGGGCUCGCGUCGCGGGGCGGGUGACUCGCGCAGCCUCCCAGGGACUCUUGCACCGUUGACCCAGAGAUCUGGAUUGUUUGCCGUGAAGGAAAAGCCGCUGAUCUCGCAGCAGACUUUCAGAAGCGUGAGGAAGUUUCUUGGACAAAGAGAGGUCUCCUCCGCGACAGUGUCGGCGGGAUCUGCCCCUUACCAAACAAAGCACCGUGAGACGCUCUCCGCUGCUGGCGUCGCCAGACUGGGCGAGCCGCGGCCGCCGGGCCUCUCUGCGGGGCGCCCGCGGAUGCCGAAGCUUCCUAUUUCGUCGCGAGUUGUACGCUGCAAUACGAAUCUCUUCACGGCUCGCGUGUGCACCAUCCUGGAGAAGGAGUUGGAGAGCGAAAUAAGAAAGGCAAAGCCGUCGCCCAUCAAGGUGACGCCGGAGCGACUCGUGCACCCGUUUCUCUCCAUCGGUUCACAGAAGAAAGAGGCACGCGGAGCGAACGUUGUGUUGGGAGGAGAGAAGCAUCGAAGACGAGAGGCCGCCGCAGAGACGCUCGAGAGGAACGAAGGCACACAGAACCAAAGCGUGGCAGGCAGGUCGCAUGUGGCUCAAGGUUCGAAAAGCCAACACUGCGGCAUCAAAGACGAAAACGGUGGCGCCGGCAUCGGCGGCCGGGCUCUCGCGCGCUACUCGAAGAAAGUUGAGUCUCCAUUGUCGGGGAACAGCGAGGCUGUGGACGCGCAAGCACCCUCACAGGUCUCAGAGGAGCAGACGUUGACAGCCCACCGCAGUGGAAGGAAAUUGAAUACCGCUGAGAGCGACAAGCAUACCCUAGACGGGCUCCGUGAUGGCCCUCGCGCGUCGUUAGCUUCAUGCGAGGACAGGAGGGCGCUUCUGGGAAGCAGCGGGGAGCACGACGAUCAGUCUGAGGUGGACUUGAAGCUGUCGGCCUCUUCUGCGCUGGGCGCCACCACUCGAGACUCAAACCGGGGGGACAUCAGGGCAGCCACUGCGGCUACCAGCGGAUUAGAGUCCUCCCGCGCGCCAUGUGGCGUCUCGUCGCCUUCGUCCCCGGCUGCGGCUUCUCGCGUGCCGACAACUCGUGAGCAGCCGGACUCAGCCACGGGCCGUGCGCGCAGCUUGUCAGCUCCGGAAGGCUCCGCGAGAGGCAGCGAGGAGCUGAAGAGAAGGGCGCCCUUCGCCCCUUGCGAUGGCUGCCACUCCGCGGCCUUCUUGGAAGACGCGGGCGAGAUUGUUUCCGUCUCCGCUCUGAGGAGACGGGCUUCAAAGGCAUGGAAGGCCAGGCGGUCGCGCUCGGCCCAUGCUGGAGGCGUAAAAGGCGAACUCGGGCUCGUCAGCGACAAUGGUAAGCCGCGCUGCGACAGGGAACUGAAGGAGGACAUGGUCACGCGACGCCUGUAUAAAGAAACGGACGCAGCAGCCCCUGGCGCAGGAUGCCGAAUGAAAGCCAAUCUCUCGACCGAGGGGAUCCGCCAUGUGCAGGCACUGGGCAGCGGGGCGAGCCAGACCGAGCUGCGCGACUCCGCCGGACUUUCCGCUGCUGCCGGCUUUUUCGCUGCGCCUCUAGGUAAGGGUGCCUGCCCAAGAAUCACAUCCAAGGGGAAGAGGGCUUGUUGGGGAGACCGGGGCAGUCCGGAGCCCAAGAAGGCCGCUGCGAAAGGAGCGCUUCUGGAAGACAAACAGGCCUGCGACGCAGAUGAUUUAACGGAAGACGCCUGGAGCCUCGACAACCCGUUGUUGAAGCAGCGUCUCGCCGUGGAUACCACAUCUCUGGGCUCGAGCUCCGCCGGCUCCGCGGAUUCUUCUGAUGGGAGCGCGAGCGCAUCCUCUUUGGAGCCGUCUUCUGCAGAUUCUCUCUCUCCUCUGCUGGACACUGAGCGUCCAGUUCCUGGGGAAGCGGCUUACGCUUGCGCGGCGACCUCGCCGGCGGCGGGCUCAGCGCUGACCUCCCCAAAGCAUCGCGGCGUGCACGGCGCAGGCCGGGAGUCCCGGCGCGAGAAUCUUAACUGUUUCCCUGGCGAAAGCCCUUCGGCGAGAGAACGAAUCGAUUCUCCCGCAGACUCCCUGCGGUGGAUGGCAGACGCCUCUUCCGGCGACGACAGCGACGAGCCCUGCAGCAGCAGCAACGACGCAGAGGGCCCGGUGCGUGGCUCAGCCACGCGCCGCAUGCAGGCCGCGGCAAGACUCCGAGGCCGAGGCGGCCCGGGGGGGAGCGAUGCGACUGGAUGUGAAGCGCCAGUCGGGGGCAGGGCGCCGGUGGAGGCCGACCGAGGGCGCACAACAGUUUCGCGUGGCAGGAGCUGCCGAAGAAUCACACUCACAUCGCGCCAUGGAGACGCCGGCGCGCCAGAUGGCGCAGACUCGGCAGACUGCCACAGACGUCGCACAGGCGGAAACGCUGACCAGUUUCUUCUUCUGCGGCCAACGCGAAAAACCGCGGGUCCCGCCCCGAGUUUCUCUAGAGCGACCGCCAAAGGCAUCGCGGAGCCUCUUGCCGCAGAACAGGGCGCAAUGGAGGCUCGCGCAUGUCCGGCCUCGGGUCUCUCAAUCCCGCAUUCGGGAAGUCCAAGCGCGGGUUCCACUAGCAACGAGGCGAGCAGUCCCACAAGGAAGGAGAGCCUCACCUCACGAGGACGGCGAUUCGGCGAGUUCCUGCCUGAUGUGUCUCAGGACAAAAGACAGUUUUCUCCGGGAAAAUCCGCUUCCCGGGUCCACCUUUCUUCUGGCGUGGCUUCGGCCUCGGGUCAAGCUGGCGGGACCUCGAUCGCGCAAUUGCCCAGCGGAAGCAAACCAGGUCAGGCAGAGAGCUGCUUCCCUCCUCGGAGUGCACAGCGCGGCGGACGGUUCGCCGAGCUCUGCGCGCCUUCAAGUUCACACACAAGCAGCAGCCGCAUGUAUCGAUCGGGGUCCUCAGCACCCUCCGGCGGCCCAACCAGCGGCGGCGGCUCGAUACUAGGCAGGCGUUCUGUGGCGCAGCCGACUGCUUGGUCGAGGCUUCACGGCGCGAGAAAUAGUGGAGAGUGCUCCGCUGCCAAAGGCACUCUUGCGGACUCGUUUGCCUUUUUCGAGAGCGCUGGCGCGAGAACGACCUCGUCCGCGACGGGAGAAUCGCAUCUCUCGGGUUUAGCCCUUGCACCACGCUCGGCGGUAUCCUCCUACGCCGACGCGGCUUCGCGCCUCCUCGCUGAGCGAGCGGGCGCCAUCGAUCCGACGCCAGAUGAGGGCGGGGCUUUGGCAGGGGACGAAAGCAACUCAAGGGCGAUGUCAGACUGCAGAGAGGUAGCGAGCACAGGCCGCGCCACGCCAACGGACUCUCGCCGACUCGGCACCUCGGUAGUUCCAUCGGCAGCCGGGCUGCGCACAGGACUCCCGACAGGCCAGCAGGCGAAUGCCAGUUCAGACGCUGAAGCCGAGGACGGCGCCAAAGGCGGACAGGCUCGCAGGGAUCGCUUAGUCGUCGGUGAGGAGCCGCGAGCAGGCUCGACGGAAACUCGGGGAGGUGGUGGAAGCAAAACGGCAGCUGCAGCUUUCGCCUCUGCGCAGGACCCAGCUCAUCCGCACCUACGUAGCCUUGCAACCGAAGCAAAGCAUUCGUUCCUGCCCGCGGACAUGCCUCUGGCAUCGUGGCGGCGAUGUCAAGCGCCGCCGCCGACCGCCGGGCGAGUGGGAAUGGCUGCAGACGAAGCGAUUCUUGAAGAAGAUGCGUCGGGGGGCCGCGCAGUCCUGCCGGAAAAGGAAGGCGGCAAGUCGCCCCAGCGACGAGACCAGUCGCGAGUCGGAGAUGGAAGAAACGUUUACUGCAUGUUACGCCGCAGAACUACGGUUGACGCAGGACGACGUGGAGCCGGGCAGCGCGUAGAGAGUCGAGAAAGUAUUGCCCUCCGCGGCGCCAGUGGAGCUCCGCGCCGAGCUGCCGAGGCGCCCGAUUUUGGGAAGCCCCGAGCUGUUCCACUGCAGAUUCGUGAUGGCCUGGAAGAGCCCCCGCCAGCGCAGCAGGCCAACAACAGAGGAUGGCUUAGCAACUUUCUCGAAUCUGCUCAACAUGGAGGUUUCAAUGGGUGGAAAGGGGGGCCUGCCUCGGUCGAUGAGGGAAGUCCCCGAGAAGGGUGGAAUGAGAGGGGACUCCUUGAGACGAACCGUCGUGUCCUUCCAGCUCGAUGGCUACACCCAAGAAACGCGUCGAGUGAGCGGAAUGAAAUCCAGUUGACGAAAGGAGGCGCACGCUUGUAG